AUCAUCAUCAACAGCAAGCAAGCCUCGUCUCUCGUUUUUCCGGUUGAUGAUCUAUUGUCUUAAGUGUUGAAAGUGUGGUUGCUUGGGCUGUGGAACAACCUGUGAAGUCGUUCGGCUUGCACCAUUAUGUCCGCGAAAAAGGAUGACGACGCCAACCAGACAGGUCAGAAAGCUGCUGGACCUAGCAAUGCUCCUGCCGCUUCGCCAACGAGGCAUAACCGGCGGAAAUCAAGAAGAAGCGAUGUAGCUUCUCCGGACGAGAAUCCCAGAACCGGAAAAAAACGUGCCAGCCUCCAUGGCUUCAAGAAGCAAAAGCGAGAUGGUGCUCUCUCCACAGGGAGCUCGUUACUUCAGGAACGGAGGAGGCGCAAGUCAUCAGGGAGAAACCGUUCAAAAGCGGCUUGCGUCGCCGGGCAAAAUCCGCACAGAGAAGAAGCGCCUGUCGAAGAGUUAUCCGAAGCGGCACUGGCCCUGCACGAUGAGGACGCAGAUGUCAUCGCGGAUAGAGACGAAAAACGCGCCGAUAGUUCUGCGAAAUUCAUCCCGAACGUUAGCGACAACGGCCACACCCAAGUGCGAUACGCAGUAGCCGACAUAACGGCAAGCUUUUCCCCGAUAUCUUCUGACUUACGAGUAAUACGUGCCUCCACAACAGGUGUGCGCAGCCCCGAGCCACUCUUGGUAGCCACAAGUAUAUUUUCAGCGGACGGGCAAGCAAAAGAUAUCUUUCCCGCAACAAGCCCCAUUAUGUCACCUUUAAUACAAGCAGAUUCCCUCGAAAAGGCCGUCAGUGAAGAAAUCUCUUCUCGCAGACAGCGCAUUCACCGUUCGCGACAAGUUUCUAAUGCCUACAGGAGCAACCCCGCGGAAUCCAAGUACGAUGCUGGGCACAGUGGAAAGAAUCCGGUGUCCGUGCAGCGUGGUAUAUCGAGAAAACGCUUUGAUGUUCCGAGUCAUUUGGGAGCGAAACGCAUGCAAAGCGCUGCAACCAGCCCUAGGAAAUCUUUUCACCGUGUUGAACCCAAUGAAGAUGCAAAUAUGGCAGGCCUUUCUAUUACUGCCAGCGUAGGAAGAAUAAUGGCCAAAGGGGUUACCUUGAAUGAACAAGAACGCCCUCCUGGAACCAACCAGAAGGAAACAUUGCUGCCUAAACCACCUGGUUCUCAAGUUGCUAGAGACGUCAAUAAAUAUUCUUUCGUGCACUCAGGUGUUCAACCAGAGGAAACGGAAGCUAAGGAAAGAGACCUUACUGAUCAGAUAACUGAAGGGCACCAAUUUCACCGUUUAAACGUGCUGCGUGAAACUUACCGGGCACAUAGUUCGCCACCGGUGAUUGACGAGCAACACUCGUUUGGUAGGGAGGCACAUCAUGAAGUUACAGAGCGGCCAUUUAUGGACCUCUCACCAAUACUAAACCAAGAACUUGCUCCUGAUCAGAGUGCUUGCCCACGAGUGGCUGUGACCGCUCUAACUGAACACAUGGCCCGCGCGAAGGAAAACGACCACCCUCAGAAACUGGACGGCUGCUCCCAGAGCAAGCAGCGAAUCUCUGAGUACAAGGUCAGGGAUCCGGCAAUGGAACGUGACAGGCUGAGUGCGGCAGGAAAAAAAGGGGAUCUGCCAUCCCCCCUACCAACUAGGACAAGGACACGAUGCCACGGGAAAAGGAGAGCGGACCCAGGCGCUCUGCUCAACCAUGACGGCAGGUCCCGAGGGAAUAUCGAUGAGAUCGUGGAGCAGAUUUCCUUGGUGAAGCCUGUGUUCCAAGACAGAUACCGUCGAGGAAGCUACAUUAUCUCGGCCGACAUGGAGCAGUUCAUUGCCAACCAUGUCAUCGCCACCGGGAGCGUUGCAGAGGCACAGGCUGACAAACUGGCUCCGCACAAGCUCUUCCUUGUGCUGCUCCUCGGCACGCUGGCUGUCCUUUUGCUGCUUUUCUAUAUGCUACCCGAGAGCAGCGAUGACCUCAUUACAGUCAACACCACCAGUGGCCUGGCGCACGGCUUCGUCACCACUGUCCAAGGAAGCACAACGUCCUACCAGAAGGCUGAGGAGGAAGGACCAAUGGAGAUGGAAAGCCAAGCGAACGGUGCCAUCAUCGGCCUGCAAAAGGCUACAGUCAGCUUCGCUACUACACUCGCCAUAACAAACAGCAAUGACAACGACCGUGACAUCGCACUUCGCGUAGCUGACGAUCACGUCACGUUGCCACCCAAGAGCAGCGUGCUUACCCUUGUCCGAUGCGACAUGGAGGACGACGACGAAGGAAUUGCUGAGGCAAACAUCCCCCUGCUCCUUGAGCGCCACAUCUACAUAGCCAGAGGGCUUCUUCAGGAGUUUGGACGAGAGGAGUAG